AUGUAUGGAGUACCUGUAAAUCACAGCACAGUAAGAGAAUUUAUUUUGGUUGGCCUUUGGGAGAAUCCUGAGCUUCAAUUUUUACUUUUUGUUGUAUUUCUAUGUAUCUAUAUCAUUACUAUGAUUGGAAACCUGUCUAUAAUUGUUGCGUAUAAAUUUAGCCCAAAUCUUCAAACCCCUAUGUAUUUUUUUCUUGCUAAUUUCUCUUUCCUAGAAAUAUGUUACAUUUCUACCACUGUUCCAAAAAUGUUGUCAGGUUUCACAGCAGAGCAUAAAACUAUCUCUGUUGAGGGCUGUCUUAUUCAGAUGUUCUUCUUUUUGCUUUUGGGUGGAACAGAAUGUUAUUUGCUUGCAUCAAUGGCUUAUGACCGGUAUAUUGCCAUCUGUCAUCCCCUUUUAUAUUUUAAUAUCAUGAAUAAAGGAGUCUGUAUUCAGCUCAUAGUUGGGUCGUGGCUGAUUGGGACAAUAAACUCUCUAAUCCACACUUAUCUUACAUUCACUUUGCCCUUUUGUGGUGGUAUCAGGAUCGAUCAUUUCUAUUGUGACAUUUCUCCUUUAUUGAACCUGGCAUGCUCAGAUACGUGGGUCAAUGAAACUGUUCUUCGUGUCAUGUGUGGCUGUGUUAUUCUUGGCACCUUUCUGCUUACUUUGACAUCCUACAUAUUGAUCAUCGUAACCAUUUUAAAAAUCCACUCGAUUUCUGGAAGAAAUAAAGUGUUCUCCACUUGUUCUUCUCACUUUAUGGUUGUUAUGAUAUUUUAUGGAUCUGCUACUUUUAUGUAUUUUAGACCCAAAUUAAACUAUGGCACCGGCCAAGACAGAUUCAUUUCAAUCAUGUAUGCAGUAAUUGCACCACUGUUAAAUCCUUUCAUAUAUAGUCUUAGGAACCAGCAAGUUAAAGAUGCUGUUAGAAAGCUGAUAUACAUAAUAAUAGGUACUCAUCGUUGUAAUACUUUUUUAUAA